UGCGAUGUAGGAACAUUCUAGGCGAGGUCCACAGAAGUGAAAAACGUCACGGAUCCAAGGCCCUAGGCUUACAUCCGGGCAAGUUCACUUUACAACACUGAAUGAUUAGUGUCCUUACACUUCCUCCAAGCGACGUUGACGCAAUCCCUGAAGGCUCGCUCCCUUGGCCAGCCGCCAUCACUUUGCCGAGAACCGCUGAUCCAGACAGCAUUUUUAUGACUUUAUUGUGUCAAAACGAGCCCUUGGUGUGGCCCUCAGAAAUCAUUGAGGCAAAGUUAUUUGCACUUAGAGGCGUCUCCGCUUCAAAAGCGUUUAUGAAGUUCACAGUCCCCCAGAAACAUCUGAGUAAAAUAGACAGCAGUAUUCACAGAAAGCGCAAACCAAUUCACAUAAACUUUGAAAAGCCAUGGCUCUCAAUAUUGACAGAAGCAACCUGGACCCAUUCUACCGCUAUAAGAUGCCUCGGCUCAUAGCUAAGGUGGAAGGAAAAGGGAAUGGAAUCAAAACUGUGAUUGUCAACAUGACAGAAGUGGCUAAAGCAUUGUCCAGGCCGCCUACCUAUCCUACCAAGUUUUUUGGCUGUGAAUUGGGAGCUCAAACCCAAUUUGACUCAAAAAAUGACCGCUACAUAGUAAACGGCUCACAUACCGAUGAGAAGCUGCAAACUCUAUUGGAUGGGUUCAUCAAGAAAUUUGUCCUCUGCCCGGGGUGCUCUAACCCAGAAACUAACUUGGUUGUUUCUGGAAAACGUGGCACUAUUUCCCAGCGCUGCAUUGCUUGUGGAUACAAUGGCUCUGUUGACAUGAGGCAUAAGCUGACCACUUUUAUUUUGAAGAAUCCACCAGAUCAGGAUCCCAAUGCUAUGACCCCAAGCAAAGGCAAGAAAGGAAAGAAGGAGAAGGGUGCAAAGAAAGAAGAAGAGAACUCGGAGAAGGAUAGAGCAAGUCCAGAAAGCACUCCCAGCACUGCUCAGGAACAGAUGGCCGCCAUGAGGGAAUCUGGAAAAUGCCUGAAUUUGCCAUCUGCUGAUGGGGCUGAUGAUGAUGAGGACUGGGGUGAUGACUUCACUGAGGAGGCUAUCAAGCAGAGAAUGGAUGAACUGUCUGAUGCUGCAAAGGGUUUAGCUUUCACGGAUGAUCUGGAAAAGUCUACUGAAGACCGCCUUCAAAUGGUUUAUGAAAUGCUUAAGCUGAAAAAAGAUGGAGAUGAUCUUGGAAAACCCAAUGCUAUCAAGGAAGUCUUUUCUGAAUCUGAAAGGCUUGAGGUGAAGGACAAGGUUCCUAUCAUCUUAGUAGAGCUGCUUCUCAACGAAAAAGUUCUUCAACAACUUCAGAAAUACAAGAAUUUGUUCUUGCAGUUCUGCCUCAAGAAUCAUAAAGCUCAGAAGUCAGUGCUUGGAGGCAUCGAGUUUCUGAUUGCCAAGGAGUAUCCAGAAGUUCUGCUGCCUAAAACCAGCCACAUUCUGAAAGUGCUCUAUGAUUUAGACAUUGUGGAAGAGGCUCUCAUUCUGGAAUGGGGCAAAAAGCCAACCAAGAAGUACGUGAGCAAGGAAGAAAGCGCUAAGGUUCUCAAGGAAGCUCAGCCAUUCAUUAAAUGGCUGGGAGAGGCCGAAGAGGAGUCUGAAGAUGAGGAGGAUGAUGAAGAAGAUGAGAUCAUCUACUCCAACACACAAAAAGUUGGUGAUGUCACAGUGGAGCCAGUCAAGCAGGCUUCCCCUGCUGCUGUCAAUGGGAGCCACAAGGCUGAGGAAGAAGAGGAUGAUGAUAUUGAUAUUGACGGCAUUUAGAUGACGGAGCUGCUCCUGUGAAAUGAACUUUAUGGUUUUCUGAGAUGACAUGACUGGGGGAGGGGGCAAGAAAAAAAGACUAUUAUCUUUGUUACGGGAUAAAUGUUACCCAGUCACGUAGAACAGUGAUAAUUGGGGUUGUCUCCAUACUUAUCUUUUACCAGAGUCCUACACCUAGCAUGUUUCCUCUCGUCACUAUUUCAGGGACGCGGGCUUUUCAAAGUUUGAGCAGGAGGUGUGUGCCAUAUUGGGAAUAAAAUCUUUUAAAGCCGAGUUGAUUUCAAUAGAGUAGAAGUAACAAGAAGUAAGUUUGCGUGUAGCUCAAGGUUACUGGGGGCAACACCAUAUGUAGGUGCCAUGUUGGACAUGUAGGGGCACUGAACAUCUAUAGCUAUAGUUGUCGGGGGACAUUGAUGUUGUAUGAUGCAUAAUAAUGUUGAGUCGCUUUUCCAAGUUUUCAUCUUUGAGGUCAGGUAUAUAAAGUUGAUUGAGGAGCCACCAAGUAGGGUUUAUUGUUAUUUAUUUUUAUUGGUCAUUUUGAUUUUACUCAUGGACAAGGGUGUGAUAGGUAUCAAAGUUUGUGUUUUUUGUUGUUUUGCUUCUCUGUGCAAGCGUAAAACCUCUUAUGGAGUUGUUCUCUUUCAAGUUUAUCUGCUUUCAUCUUUGACAAAUAGCUCAUGUCUGGGUUUCAACUUUGUUUUGAUGUUGUACUUUAUUAUUGCAGUUUCAUCAGUUGUAUUUGCAUUCCAUUAUAAGACUGUCGUUUCAGCGUAUAUGUUAUUGCAUCUUUGAUUUUAAAAGAAUAUUGUUUCAUCUCAUUGCUUAUUUGAAAGAGACACAGACAUUUAGGUGAAAGAGGAGAGUGAAGGGAAGCUGGCAUAUUUUAUUUUUACACUUACAGGUUGUGGUUUAUGUUUCAAUACGUGUCUGUGGUUCAAUAUCCCUUUCAGACAUUGCGUGGUUAGGCCAUAUUCAUAUUGUUGAUUCAUGCACAGGCUGUAGUGUUUGUUGAUAAGUGUUGUCACUGGGCCGUCUUCCUACCGCAACAUGUUUGUCUUUUCAUUGGAAGAUACAGCUGAGAGAUUUUUUAAAAACCAUCUACAUUCACAACUUUUUAAUUUGCUCAAUUGUAUUUUGAAAAGACUGGCCUCUUUAAACUGGAAAUUCUAAUGAAAAGUAUUUCUAGUGUGUUCGUCCACUAAGUCUUUGACCAGCGGGUUUCACAACAUACUGCGCACAUUAUCGUUCCACUUAUGACCCUUUUUCCUUCAUGGUCGUACAGUUCUUACUUUCGAGGCAGCCCUGUUUUGUUUUGUUGUAAGGUUCUUCUAGUUUUACCACGUGGGUAUGCUGAUUAGAGAUUUUCUUCCACAUUUUUUGGUUGGGAUUACUUUUGAUAAAUUUUGAAAGGCAAGCCCACUCUUGUGUUUCUCAACCUGUGCUUGAGACUUCAGAUGGAAAGUAAUUGGAAUUGUUGGGAUACUUUUGCUUUGACAGGGAAAAUUCUUAAAGGUGUAUAAGUAGGCCUAUAAGUUACUCCUGUUUCAAAUAUUUUUCAGUCACUACAGUAUUUGUUGAAAUUCAUGCAUAAGGAAUGGUCACAGUGAAAGGGUUCUCCCCCCCCCCUCCCCCUCCUUCUCUUCCAACAUAUGAACAAAGGUAGCAAUGCCAAUUGCCCGCUGCGCCGUGGGCCAGAAAUCGGCCUCCGCGCGAGGGGUAAUUUUUGGGCCACUCGGAUUCAGAAGUGACUCUCUUCUAAGUAUAGUUACGGGAAAACUCGUUGGCGAAAAUAAAUGAAACUCUGCAACCAAUCAGAGGAAAGGUUAAACUUACGACCUGCUAGCGUACAAUCCGGACGAUUUCUAGAACCGGAGAAAUUGCAGUGUUUGUGCGAAUUUCCUCUGCGGUUCGAAAACUAAGCGGACCACAGAGGCGCCCCACAUGUCUUCUUUAUUGCUGUAAAAUUUCAGAUCUCUGCAUUUAGUACAUUUUACAUACCAACUUAAAAGGACCACCCAUGCAUUGAUAAAACACUAGAGCUGGAAACUAGAUCAUGCAUUCCAAAGGCGAGGUGCCGGCAUGCAAGAGGCACGUGAUCGCUAGGCGACAUGUGAUUGGCUGCCUAUAACUAAAUAGGUCACCGAUGACUUCAUUGCGGGAUUUUCCGAUACCGCUUUACUGAGUUUACAGUGAGUUUUAGAAGGGGUGAUCGCGUCGCGGUAAAAACGAUGUCACGCAAUUCAACAAAUUUCACGCAUAUAUGUCUGUAAGAUCCAAAGUAAUAAAGACAUCGAAAAAGUGAUAGCAGAACUAGAUUCUGCACUAAAAAUCACAUGAAGAUUCAAAGUUUUAUUCAUAUACUCCAAUUCAUUACUGACUUUUGAACAGUUUUUCCUCAAAAUACAUCAAGACAUGUCCCACAUUUUGGCGAUAUUUUCCUAUAUGGAGGUCCCCCAAAAUUUUGCAAACAAAAAUCCCAAUAACUUUUUUAUUUAUCAAUGGAUUUUUAAAAUUUAAAAACCUUAGUUCUUAGAAUUUACUCUAUUUUCACUUAAGCCUAUUUUUCAGCAAUUUGGAUGAAAAUUUAAUUUUUCAUUGACAUUGCUAAUAAAGGGGUCGAAAGGAAGGAAUGCGUUAAAAAUGGAGACAUGAUAGUCUGUAGGUCUUUUUUUGUCAUAGAAAAACAAUUAUCUUAAUCUUUUAACCAGCCAGUAAAAUCGUCAGCUCUGCUCCUUUUGGUCACAUUUUCAUUACGUUUGAUGACCUGCUGCUUGUUGAGGUGGCUCCAAACUAAGAAGACAGGUCCUGCUCUUGAUAGACAUGGUUUGGGGAACAAUUUGGAAGUGUGAUGUUGUUGCACAACAAUUUUUGAACCAUCAGAACUUGUUUUGCAACUUUGGGAACGGAAAGAUAAUGUUUUAUCAUUUGUAAAUCUUGAGUGGAGCAAAAUUUUUGCAUUUCAUAUGAAUGUUCAUUACUGGGGCUGAACACAAGUGUUUAAAAAAAAGGGGGGGGAUUGGGAAGUGUCUGUGUCUCAUCACUGAUGCUUGAUAUGUUCAUGUUGCUUUGUCAUUUUCUCCACACGUUUUUCUCAUGUGUAAUGUCCUUUGUAUUGUUUUUUCUAACCCCCCCCCCCACAUUAGUGUCCAAACUUCAUAUUGUGAGGUGGUAUAUGUCAAGUUGUUUGUCUCAACACAGCUGAAGUCAAGCUUCUAAACAUUUUUGUCAGAACUCUGGCAGAAUAAUGAACAUGCUACUUGGUAUUUAGCGCUGAAGAAAUGCCCAGUGUUUGUCUGAUACCACAACCAGAAGUAGCUUGGGGCAGUGUGUGUUUUGGUACAAGUGGCCAAGGUCUCGACAUUGACAACACAGAAGUAGUAGGUCACAGGCUUGCAGUGGGCGAGUACUUCAUGUGCUGCUGUAGUGAUUUUGUGAUGGGCUCAUCACCGUGGAUCCUCUCAGUAUAAUGAUGGUUAACAGUGCAAAGGGCUUUUGAUUUUUUUCUGGUUCAUUGGGAAGCAUGGUUCUACUCUGGUGUGAAAUCUUAGUUACUAAUCUUGUUUAAUUUGGACUUGUGGAUUUUCUCCGUCAAGAAACACCACCAGGAUCAGCCACACACAUCCUGGAGACUAAUUUGGUUGGCAGUGUUUACUGGCUCACUGCUUUCCCACUGGAUAAAGGAAUAAUUAUCAUUUGUUCCUCCUCCUGUAUAUACAUCUACUUUUUUUCUUCUUUUUUUUUUUUCUUGCCAAGCCUCAAUGUAAACAGCAGCCUUCUUUAAGCUGAAGCAUUAAAAGCUACUGUAAACUCUGAAA